UCAUAUUUGGUUAACUUACAAAAAAAAUUAUUAAGCACGUAAAUUAAAAUCCGUUGAAGCUCACCAGUCCUCGUAAUGGAUACGAUAGACGAUUGUGCAACGCUCGUGGGCUUUGAUCAGCAAUUGGAUUACGUGGAGCAAAUGCUGCAAAAGGCCGACAAGUAUAAUAACAGACUUAUAACCCAGAUCGACAAUCUAAAGAAUCUCGUGCAAGCCAAUCAAAAAAUACUUCUAAAUUUGCAAUCAAAUGAGGCGCAUAUGGAAGCUUUACUGGAAGACAGUCCGAAAUCAGAGCAGCAUGCUGCAAUGAUUAGUUAUGCCCAACGUUUAAAAAGAAAGCUUCUCGUCACUGUAUCCUUGUUAGAUGAGCUUGAGGCUGAAGAUACCCCCAUUGACUGUAAGGAGGAUCAAGACUCCGAGUCGAGUCUGUCGCAGCAAAUGAAUGGAUUGGGCCCAUCUCUGGCUUCCAUUGGAAAUGAGUUAAAGUCACUAAGCGAGGAUAAACUGAAUGAGAUACGCGAAGCAAGUCUUCUGUCACAAUCGUCUUGUAAGGGGUCCAGCAAAAAACGUCGUUGCUGGACCCAUUGCAGGACCUUGAAACAGAAUGAUUUGCAUGCUAAAGAGGUCAUGGAGUUGCGUAAAGCAACUGAAUUGUUGUUCCACGCCUUUAAUCAAUCAAACUCAGUGACUGUGGAGAUCAUAUAUCGGAAUCACAUUAUGGAAAGAGUUAAAAGCAUGUUGGAUAAAGUUGAGCGGUUAGAUUUCAAAUCCAAGGUACUUAUUACAAUCGAAAUUCUGUCAAAAAAACUGCUGAGAGCCUUGAUUAAACAAAAAGAAUUACAUCUUUCCAACGGUCUAACGAGAGCUUCAAAUCAAAUUUUCCCGGUAUUAAAUAAAAAAUCAGAACUUGUGAAAAUUUUAGUUGCUAAAUAA